UAAAUAGAAAUUUUAAAGUAUAAAGGUAUUAAAUGGCAUCGGUAGCUAAGAAAUUUCAACCAUUAACUUCGGCCCGAGUAAAACAUAAAAUCCAAGAAUUAACAAAACCAGAGGCAGGAGUUGUAUAUGCCUAUAAUAAAAAUCCUCGGAAUUUGGAAAGAUUAGGCUAUGCAUAUAAACCACAAGGUUAUCAUUUGGAAAAACCAGGAAGAAGUUAUUGGCAUAAAUUAGAAUUGAUUAUUUCUCAACGUUAUAUAUCAGCUUAUAUUCGACACUUUCAAAAUGGCAUAGUAAUAUCCGCUAGUACAAAAGAAUGGGCAAUUAAAAAGCAAUUGUAUAAAACAAAUGAUACAUGUGCAUAUAUUAAUUUAGGCAGAGUUUUAGCAGAUCGUUGCCUAAAGAGUGGUUUAACUGAAAUGUAUUGUGAUCACAAUACUAAUUCGGAUGGUAAUACAAAAUUAAAUAAAUUCAUUAAAAUAUUAGAAGAAAAUGGAAUUCAAUUGAAAGAGAAAGAUAGAUUUAUACCACCUGAAGUUUGGGAUCACGAUUAUGAAUCUUUAGUCAAAGAUUGAAUACAAGAACAAUAAUUUGUUUUUUUUUUUGUUCUUUCGAUUUUUAUUUAUACAAUAAAGUUUACAUUAGCUAAAUAUUUUAUGGA